AUGGACGUUGCAACCUUCAGAUUCCCAACGCCUAAUGGGAGAGAUCCAUUCAGAGAAUUUGAUGACGAGUUUACUUGCAAGAUAUCUCUAAGGCUUCACAAGCUUGAGGGAAGUGGUCUUGUGAGACCUUGGAGGUUCUGUAAUCUCUCAACUGUAUCUGGCACGGAUCCAGUCAAUCUGUUGCCAUACAAGUGCAAUACUAUUCAGUUUCUUAAGUUUCCGAUUUCUCUUGGAUUGCCUCCCUUAAUGUUGAAAUCAGCUAAAGAAAAUUGUUCCAUAGAGGCAGAGAAAUUUCCAAUUGAAAUUGGAAGAACUCCACCAAGUGGAUUUUCUGUUAUCUAUUUGCUGCAAGGAAAAGCUGUUGAAGAUUUGGAAGCCAGGGGCCAGUGCCUGCCUGAGAGCUGGUUAGCAGUUAGUGAGAUGACUUGCAUUGUCGAGAUAUUGAAGAUUAAAGAUUACAGAAGGAAUGGUUCCAUUCAGGCUGUUACUUGGAAAACUAAGUUGAUGCAAUUCCACAGUUCAAUCAAAGAAAGUGUCCCACACCCUUGCCACGACUCCAAUCCAUGUUGGUAUCUGCAUGUUAACGUUGUUGAAUCUGAUCAAACUAAGAUACUUAAACCGGCUCAAAUUGGCCAACUCAUUGGGAUAUUGCCCGGCAAGGAGUGCAGAUUGGUCUGUGGUGAUGUUGGUUAG